AUGAAGUAUACCAUCACUCUUUUGACAUUCGCCGUGGCCGCCUUGGCUGGAAGCAUGGGUGACAAAGGUGACAGCGAAGGCAAAAUCUGCCUCAGCAAACAGACUGUUGUUUGUGAAGGCAACGGAGAUGGUAAACUUGUAUCAUUGGGGAAUAUUGCAACGGGUGCACUUGGCGAUAACUGCUCCGGCGGUGAUGUUUACUGCUGCUCUGAAGAAGAUGUGAAUGAGAUUGGUGUCAUCAACCUGGAUUUGAACGUUCAGUGCAGUCUCAAUCAUCUUCUAUAG